AUGUGUGAGGCACUGCGUUUCAUAGUGUUCAUGAUCAAAAGCAGAUGGUUCACAGUUUUUGCCUCAUUCAUGAUGAUGGCUUGUUCUGGUGGAACCUAUCUGUUUGGGACCUAUUCCAAAGAGCUGAAGCAAACUUUGGGUUAUGACCAAUCAACCCUAAAUUUGUUGGGUUUUUUCAAAGAUCUUGGAGCAAACAUUGGCAUUUUUUCUGGCUUAAUUGCUGAGGUCACCCCAACAUGGUUUGUGCUCCUAAUUGGUGCAGCCAUGAACUUGUUUGGCUACUUGAUGAUGUGGUUAGGUGUCACAGGCAAGAUUGCCAAGCCAGCAGUCUGGAAAAUGUGCACCUACAUUGCCAUUGGAGCCAAUUCUCAAAGCUUUGUGAACACAGGAGCCCUUGUGACUUGUGUCAAAAACUUCCCAGAAAGCAGAGCCAUUAUGCUUGGCCUCUUAAAAGGGUAUGUUGGGCUCAGUGGUGCAAUUAUAACGCAACUCUAUCUUGCUUUCUAUGGCAAUGACAGGAAGGCUCUGAUUCUUCUCGUUGGGUGGCUGCCUGCUCUGAUUGGAGUGAUUUUUGUGUACACAAUUAGACCCAUGAAGGUUGAAAGCAAACCCGAUGAUCUCAAAGUGCUUUUCUACUUUCUUUUUGUGUCAAUUGCUUUUGCCCUUUUUCUCAUGGCAAUAACUCUCAUUCAGCAAAGCAUUACAUUCUCCAAAGGAACCCAAGCACUCACAGCCACUGCUGUCUGUUUUCUGCUUCUGUUUCCUUUGUUCAUUUCCAUAAGUGAAGAGUUGGAUAACUUUAAGCUCAAGGAACACCCAAAACCUCCUACUCAGAUUUCCAUUGUCCAUUUAGAAAAAUACCCAUCAAACCAAGCCAUUUCAGCACCAAAUACACUGUCAAUUUCUUCCUCUUCCCAUCCCGGAGGCACACCUUUCUUCUCCAACAUUUUCAACAAGCCGCCGAGAGGAGAUGACUACACAAUCUUACAAGCCCUCUUCAGCAUUGAUAUGCUGAUCCUUUUAAUUGCAACACUCUUUGGACUUGGCUCAAGCUUGACUGCUGUGGCCAAUUUUGGCCAAAUUGGUGAGUCAUUGGGUUACAAACCUGAAACCAUUCACACUUUCAUGUCACUCAUCAGCAUAUGGAACUUCUUUGGUAGAGUUUUUUCUGGGUUUGUCUCAGAAAUCCUACUCAUGAGAGACCAAAUUCCAAGACCCCUUAUGGUCACAAUUGUCCUUUUUAUAGCAACCACAGGCUACCUUCUCAUUGCUUUCCCAUUCCCUGGUGCUUUGUACAUUGCUUCAGUGAUCAUUGGGUUCACAUUAGGGGCUCAGUUGCCAUUGGUUUACUUUAUUUUGGUGGAGAGAACCAAGCCAUUCUACAAAGGUAACAUAUACAAAAAGUUGAGAGAGAAUGCUGAGCAAGUCAAGGCUGAAGAGGUAGAAGAAAUGGCUUCACCAUCAUUUUCUAAUGGAUUUAAAUGA